UCAUUUCCUCCCAGCUUCUCAGGGCUCAAAAGGUCCAGUGCUAAUGGGGGCCAAUAGCUAUAUAUAAUAACGUAUUUUCCUUAUGAAGAUCCUCCUCAUUCAAUAUAUAUAUGAAGACAGGACUCGUAAGAGUCUUCUCUCUCUCUAAUCCUUCCCGUUCUCUCCCAUCUAAAUGUCUAUAGGUCUUCCGCAAAGCGCCUACCGUCCCCUGCUACUCCAAUUCAAGGAUUGCUCAGUCCUGCAGAUCCCUCCUAGCUCAGAGAACUCGAGAGAGGGGUUGCGAUUUCCUGGGGUAUCUCAGUCCAUAGAAAAGAAGAUGGAGAACAGGUAUGGCUGCUACUACCAAGGCAGUGCGCUGUGGCGGUCGCUGAGGGACGGCGACUUCGAGGAAGCAGACGUUUGGGAGGUCCUCAACGGCAAGCAAGACUCUAACAAUUCCCAUCUUUGGGCCUCAGGUGAGCGACCCAGAAGCUCAUCCUCAAGGAAACACCCGCCCUCCGCCCCAAAAACGAUUUCGCGGAGCGGCAGCGGCGGCGGCGGCGGCGGCGGCAGCAGCAGUUCGACCCCCGAGCCGGCAGCCAGGGUCGUGCAGCAGUCGGCCCCAGUCAACAUUCCAUACUGGUCAAACUUGCAGAGGCAAAAGUCAAAGAAAGCCUCUUCCAAUUCGAAGAGCGCGAGGGACUGGGACGAGGAAGAUGGGGUCGACUCGAGCGACGGCGGCGCGGCCGAGGGCGAGAGGGGCGAGAGCGACGAGGAGGAGGAGGCCGAUAGCAAGGUGCCGCCGCACGAGCUCAUCGCAAUGAGGCUGGCCAGGAGCCACAUUUCGUCCUUCUCGGUGAUGGAAGGGGAGGGGAGGACCCUCAAAGGGAGGGACCUCAGCAAAGUGAGGAACGCCGUUCUGACGAGGACCGGGUUCCUCGAGUCGCCAUGAUGGGAAUCCGGUUCGAGACAAUGAAUCGUGGGGAUCGCGUUUUCUCGGACUGUAUAUAGGUACAACGUCGUAGUCUCUGUACAGGGUUUGUGAAGUGAUUGGGUGUGUAGCCUCAUCUUGGUCGCGAGGACAGAUAUCAACUCGGCUUUGAUGGGAAAGAGGUGAAAAGUACCUCCUCCUCUGCUUUAUGGUCUUCUUGGCUUUUGUAAAACCCUGUCAACCUCAAGUCGCCUCAGUGCAAAUCAGUACUUCUUUCUAUUCGACUCUCGCUGCAUUCGAGAUCCCAAUAGUUACCAAUGUCACUUUACUGUCUCUUUACAUAGUCCGGUAAAAAGUUGACCAUACAUAUUACCACAAUCAAUCGUUGAAUGGAAAUCGAAUGCACCCUUCUUUUU